GGGAAAAGGAGGGGGAGGAGGGGGAAACGACCAAGGCUAAUCAAACAACGUCAGUGCACGUGCGCAUGACGUCUGCCGCGGACGACCAACACUGGCUCAGGAGAGCCUUGAGGGAUUACAACGAGACGAGAGCGUCCGAUGUCGUCGUGGUCAACUUCGGCGCCCACUACCGCAGCACCCCUGAGGGCGAGGAGAGUUUCAAGCGAGACGUGUCCUCUAUCCUAGAUGAUAUGGCCGAGAUCGGUGAAACCGCCACCGUCGUUUGGAGGGAGAUAGCACCCACUCACUUCCCCGCCGAAAACGGCACGUACGAGGCUUUCGUCGAGCUAGACCUUGGCAACACCGCCUGCUGCACUGGAACGCCGGUUAAGUUUUUGGACAGAAAUGCGUGGGUGGAGGACUACCUGCGAGAGAACGGGCUCUCGGACAGGGUGAAGCUGCUGCGCAUUUACGACAUGUCCGUCCCACGGGGUGCCGCACACCACACUUGCCACCUCGCCCCGCCGUCUACCAUGGACCAGACGGGAGCGGAAAGCGGCAACUGUCACUCCUCCUACGCUACUGACUGCAGGCACUGGUCGGAAACUGGCGUUGUAGAAGAGUGGAACGCGCUACUGCUCAACCAAUUAUGCCCGAUGGAAUAGCGGGGUUGCAUUUGUCAAGUCAAGUGCGCCUGCCUGGCAGUGUGGAGUUUUGCUUUUUCCUGCCGAAAUGACUUCAGGGAAAGUUUUGCUUGUUCACUCUGGCGCAGAGUUCAGCAUGAACAUUAUGUAUGCUUCAGUUUCCGUGUAAUGUUUCGGAAUGCAAGCAUUC